AGACUCUUCCUUCGUCUCAUUGAGAAACACAGCCCUGAGCUCUGAAGUCUGAAACACUUCCGACGAUGGAAGCAAGAAGCCUUCUCCUUGCUCUUCUCCUGGUUCUGGUCGCAUCUUCAUCUGCCUACCCAACAUCAUCCAUCGCAUUCAUCAAGUCGUCUUGCUCGGCGACGCGCUUCCCGGACCUCUGCGAGAAGACCCUCUCCUCCUACGCCUCCGAUGUGCAGCAAAAUCCGCGGUACCUGGCUCAGGCUGCACUCUCGACCAGCCUGACCCGGGCUCGGUCCGCCGCAGACUUCGUCACGAAGCUCUCCCUGCACCCGAUCGCGCCGGGCGCAAGUUUGUCUCACCGGGAGAAGGGCGCGAUCAAGGACUGCAUCUCUACGCUGACCGACUCGGUCUACCAGCUGGGUCAGUCCAUAGACGAGGUGAAGCACCUGAGCCGGAGCGAGUACCUGUUUCACGUCAGUAAUGUGCAGACCUGGGUUAGUGCGGCUCUGACCGACCAGAAUACUUGCAUGGACGGGUUCUCCGGCUUGGGCCUGAGAGUGAGCAGAGUUAGGGCGUUGGUGAGGAGGGAGAUUGUGGGUGUCGCCCAAAUGACUAGCAACGCGCUGGCCCUUGUCAAUAAGCUUGCCCCUGGUCAUGUGUAAGGGCUCGUGGGCUUUGGGGGGUUUUUGUUUGCGCCUCCCCUUAAUAUAAAUAUAGGUAAGGAAGAAGAUGGUGGUCACUGUGUGGGAGUUUCUGUAGCAUGUAAAUGUAGGAGAUCAUGCAUGUAAUGUAUGAUUUCAUCUUAAUGAAAUGUAGUUUGCAUAUAAAGAACGAA